AAGGAUUGCUUAUAUAGCUAAAAAAUACCUCCGCAUUUGACUUGAGCGUGGAUGGUCGAGUGGAAAAGUCGGGAAACACUUUACUCCAAGCUUCCAUGACUCUAGGGGUCAGUGGUUCGAGCCCUGUGGAGAAUGAAAGUUCCUACAGCAUUGGUUGCGAUCUGGUUAAUCUACAUAUUCGGGCAAAAUGUUGAAGCGCUGACCUGUCUGAAGUGCGACUACGUGGUGAUGCCACGACACUGUAAAACGGUUAUCUCAUGUCCGGAUGAUGAUUCGUGCUUUGUUGAGAGACAGACAAAUGCCUUUGGUGAAAUAGGCUUCAACCUUGGAUGUCUCGCAAAACGUUCGUGCAGAAAUUCAACCUCCAGUUCGAGUCAUUGUACCAAGUGUUGUGACAGGGAUAUGUGUAACCAAGCCGGAUGCGGCGCAGAAGGAUAUCCUUUGCAACGUGGACCCGUGUGCUAUAGUUGUGCUAACCCGUUACCUGAAGGUCGUUGCCAUAAUAUUGACGUUUGUCAAGAAGGAGAGGUGUGCAGUAUUAAUGGUGAGGACGAUUUUGGAACAAUACUAUUUACAUCCGGCUGCAUGCCAAAAGACCACUGCGUCUCCCACCCUGAAGGCGUUCUUAUUGGUAGACGCAGUCAAAUAAACUCCACUCUAACAAGGUCACAUGGUCUGCAUGGUUGUUUCCACUGUUGCGAUGUUGACCUGUGUAACAAAAAUUGCCAAACUAGAGUGGACGGACAAUGGGGUGCAUGGACUGCAUGGUCACUUUGCACAUCUCACUGUAACCAGACACGGACUCGAGCUUGCAACAAUCCAGCACUGCUACACGGCGGGACAGAUUGCCCAGGCCUUUCGACGCACACACAAGGCUGUUACACAGACCAAUGUCAAAUGGACGGACAAUGGGGUGCAUGGACUGCAUGGUCACUUUGCACAUCUCACUGUAACCAGACACGGACUCGAGCUUGCAACAAUCCAGCACCGCUACACGGCGGGACAGAUUGCCCAGGCCUUUCGACGAACACACAAGGCUGUUACACAGACCAAUGUCAACUGGACGGACAAUGGGGUGCAUGGACUGCAUGGUCACUUUGCACAUCUCACUGUAACCAGACACGGACUCGAGCUUGCAACAAUCCAGCACCGCUACACGGCGGGACAGAUUGCCCAGGCCUUUCGACGCACACACAAGGCUGUUACGCAGACCAAUGUCAAAUGAAGGAUUGCUCCGUACUACUAAGCAGUGGCGCUGCUCGUCUCAGUGGCGUGUACAACAUCACCACCCCUCUCACGCACACCAAUAUUCAGGUGUACUGCGACAUGGAGACGGAUGGUGGAGGAUGGACGGUCUUUCAAAAGCGGUUCAAUGGCAGUGAGGAUUUCUAUCGCAACUUCAGAGACUAUGAAAACGGCUUUGGAUCAGUUCACGCUGAACACUGGCUUGGUCUUAAAUACAUUCACGAAAUAACUUCAAGUGCUUCUUAUCUACUCCGAGUUGACAUUGUUCAUCCGAAUGGAAGCAAGGGAUACGAUGUGUAUGGCGACUUCAGUGUGCAACCUGGAACUAACUACACUUUGAACAUUGGGUCGCAAUUACGGUCAAAUGGGGUGCUCAUUGAAUACUCAUUUAUCAAAAGUUUGAAGCUUGGUGCUAUCCCAGCCGGAAAUGCCUUCACUACGUAUGAUCAUGACGCUGACCGUGGUUCGCAUGGCAACUGUGCAGAAUUGUAUAAAGGGGGCUGGUGGUACAAUAACUGCUAUCAAUACAUCAAUCUGAAUGGACUUUACCUACCAGGACAAGUGGCUGGUUACCAAGCCAUGUGUUAUGACUCUUUCAUCGGUAUUGCCGCCAGCACCAUGAUGUUUAAAAGUGUGUGAUAAAAGUACGGAAUAAUAGUUCAACUGUGUAGAGCAAUCAUUUAGACCACUUACGAAACUGACCAAAUCCGAACACGGACGCGAUGUUUUAUUUUAGCUACAAUUAUCAACUAAAAUAACGCUUAUGUAUUUUUUGUUUAUGAUUUACAGUGAAAAUGGAACCGUUAUAUACCAAUAUUUAUGCAUACGGACGAAAAACAUGCACUGCAAAUAUCUCAAAUGAAACCAUAAAAUUGGCAGUGUCACACAAUUUACACUAAAUUUUAAACAUCGCAGCAAGAUACGUAUGAGCUAUGUGCUAUAAAACAACGAAAUCUCCUGACGACGUAAACAGUGUGUAGAACUUUUUUAAUUCAUAGAUAUAUAUUUUCUCCCUGUAAAUAUGCUUAAGCUGUCUGCUUUUAAACAAUAAACAGUAAAGUUUAA